UUGACUUCACCUCUCUCACAGCUAUGUUCAACUGGGUUCACUCCAACUUCCACUACACCCCUCUUAAAGCUUGGAGAAAGAAAAGUGAAUCUAUCAAAAAGGAGGCCAAAAGGCAAGGAUUAGCAAAGCAAGUGGAUGAGAUGGUUGAUAUUCUUGAUGAUUGGAGGAUCAAUGGCCGUCGUCUUACCAUUUUCUUCAUGGGCUUUGACAAAUCAUCAAAAUCCAGAAAUUAUAAACCCCAAUAUUUCAAUUUGAAGGAGGGAAAGACAGAUAAAAUUGAUGACGAUGACGACGACGACGAUAAUGACGGCUUGAGCCCGUUAAUGGCGACGACAUUCCCCAACAACUUUGACGACAAUGGUGAGUUUUGUACUGAAUUCGACAAGUCCCGUGUUGUCGUGGCCAUCGAGCGGUAUGUUGCUCAAAGACUCCGCCGGAGAGUGACGUUGGCGGAUCUGCUCAUGGCGGAUGCCGAUGGGAAGCCGAAGCUGGAUUUGAAGGAGAAUUU